AUGACCCGAGUCGGCCAUUUGAUUAUCAAGACGAACAAAAUCGCGAAGGGUUCAGAGCGAUAUGUUUUAGACUCAAGAGACGUCCUCUAUCAUUUGGCUGCGCCUACUCCGGAACGUCCUAGGGAGAAGCGUUCUGAACUUCGACUGGUUGUACCGGAAGCCUUACGACCGUACAUCCUACACCACGCUAACGAAGAUUUCCAGAAUGGCCAUCAAGGCAUCACCAGGGCAUAUGAACGUCUGCGUUCAGAGUUCUUCUGGAUCGGGAUGUUCCAGGACGUCGAAAUAUUUGUCAAGGAAUGCACGGAUUGCGCGUCCGCUAAGGGGCGACCUCCGAAUCCAGGACCCUCUCCCGGGAAUAUUGAACCGACUGGUUCAUUCGAAGUGGUGUCUAUGGAUUUCAUCACACACCUCCCGAAGUCGGAACGUGGGAAUACGUUCCUACUUUUGUUUCAGGAUAUGUUCACUGGCUACGUUAUGUGUAAACCCAUGAGUAGCACUACCGCCCAAGACUGUGCUGAAGCCUUCGAAGAGGUUGUGUUCAGGAACUAUGGCGCAAGCUCUGAAAUCCGCCAUGACAGAGAUCCCCGCUUCAUGAGUCGGGUAUUCCGUCGUUUCAGUGAGAUGAUGGGUAUCCAACAGAAAGCAACGCUCGCGUAUCGCCGUCAGGCCAAUGGCCAACAGGAACGAUCGGGGCAGAUAAUUAUGCACAGUAUCAGAGCUACUAUAGCAGCUAUGCUGGGCCCUAAACCGACGGAUGUCACAGAACGUACCGCGUACGAAUGGCGUCGAAAAUUGCAACGAGAUUACAGCUAUGCCCACGCCUGCGCAGAGGAGCUCCAGAAGAGGGCCAAGCGUACAUGA